AUGGGGGAUUGGAAUUUACUGGGCAGCAUCCUAGAGGAAGUUCACUCCCACUCAACGAUAGUAGGGAAAAUCUGGCUGACCAUCCUUUUCAUUUUUCGAAUGCUGGUACUUGGUGUGGCUGCUGAAGAUGUCUGGGAUGAUGAACAGUCAGCGUUUGCCUGCAACACUCAACAGCCAGGCUGCAACAACCUCUGUUAUGAUGAUGCUUUCCCUAUCUCUUUGAUUAGAUUCUGGGUUUUACAGAUCAUUUUUGUGUCUUCUCCCUCUCUGGUAUAUAUGGGUCAUGCACUUUAUAGACUUAGGGCCUUUGAAAAGGAGAGACAGAGGAAAAAGUCACACCUUAAAGCCCACAUGGAGAAUCCAGAACUUGAAUUGGAUGAGCAACAAAGAAUAGAUAGAGAACUGAAGAGGUUAGAGGAGCACAAGAAGAUCCAGAAAGUUCCUCUGAAGGGAUGUUUGCUUCGUACUUAUGUCUUACACAUUCUGACUAGAUCUGUGUUAGAAGUAGGGUUCAUGAUAGGCCAGUAUAUUCUCUAUGGGUUUCAAAUGCACCCACUUUACAAAUGCACUCAAUCUCCUUGUCCUAAUGCAGUGGAUUGCUUUGUAUCCAGACCCACAGAGAAAACCAUUUUUAUGAUCUUUAUGUACAGCAUAGCAGCUAUUUCUUUGUUCCUCAAUGUUCUGGAAAUAUUUCACCUGGGAAUCAGAAAAAUUAUGAGAGCAAUUUAUGGAAAAUCUAGCAGUGAAGGCACUGAAAAUGAAAGGGGACCUCCAUUCCAUUUGAAAAGUCAUUCAGUGUCUCAGCAAUGUAUAAUUUGCUCUCCACUGCCUGAAAGAAUCUCUCUACUUCAAACUAACAAUCAUCAACAAGCCAUUCAAAUCAAUGUGCCAAAAUCAAAAACUAUGUGGCAAAUUCCACAGUGCAGGCAGCUUGAAGUGUACCCUUGCUGUAAUAACAAACGUUGGGCUGAGAAUAAUCAACACAACGGACAGCUCUACAUCCACAGUCCCUGUCUCUGGACUGACAAUGCUGGAAUUCAGCACUCUGGACAGCAACCACAUCAUUUCUCUUCAAACCUUAAGACUACAAGGUCCCAGUCCUGGGUAGGUACAAUGACAGCUUCUAGACAUUUUCCAUCCUUUGCAAUAAGAACCUGGAAGCAGUCACAGGACUUCAAAUCUUCAGGCGAACCUCCAACAGAUUUGCACAAUCACUUCAGAGACAGGGAUGACAGUGUGAAGGAGAGUGAAGUCUGGACAGAUAGAUCUCAUCCUUCCAAUCGCAAAGCCAGCUUUCUCUCCAGGUUGUUGUCUGAAAAGGGGCAGCUCCACAGUGAUUCAGGAAGCUCCAGUUCUCUUACCAGUUCUUGCUUGGACUUAUCACACCCGCAGAACAGUCCCUUGCUUCUGCCUUCAGCCACUGGAUCAUCAAUGGUAAAGGCAGACCUGAUCAACCAGAAUGAUCAUAAAAGGUGUUCUACUAUAGCUACUUCUUAA